AUGCGGCCCGCCGCACCACAUCCCCACGUUCCGUAUCCACAUCGCAUAAAUGGUUGCGCUCUCCGUUUCCCGGAUUGUCAGCGCAAAAACCCCCCGUCCAGCUCGGGAGUUCCCGUGGGCGGCAAAAACACCGGUGCCGUGACGCUGAAUGCGAGCCGUGCCGGCGGCUGGCCGGAAUUAGAUGGUGCUAUCAUGGCUUUCUAUAAAUGCCCCGCGGCAAGUCAAGAUUCCACGGAUGGCAUCGAGCCAGCUGUACGAAGGGUCUUGGGACAAGCCGGAGACGGCUGGGAAGGUUUUGGUUGGGAAUAA